AUGAAGUUUGCCUUGGUUACCACUGUUGUCGCAGCGCUUUGCGCUCCAAACGUCCUCGGUGUCCCACUCGCGGCACGUAAUACCAGCCUCGUCCCGAGUUCAAGCAGCACUCGCCAGCUUACGGAUGCUGACGUUCUUCAAUUUGCACUCACUCUCGAGCAUCUUGAAAAUGUCUUCUACAAGCAGGGCCUUUCCCGUUUCACCCAGAAUGACUUUCUCCGUGCUGGCUUUGAUGCAAGGUUCUUCAACCAGAUGAGAUUCGUCGCUGGAGAUGAGCAGUCCCAUGUAGUGUUUCUGCAGCAGGCACUUACGGGGCUCGGCGUACGGCCAGUGUCUGCUUGCCGCUACAACUUCCCAUUCAGAGACGUUCGCUCAUUCGUCGGCCUUGCAUCUGUUCUCGAGGGCAUUGGUGUCUCCGCUUACCUUGGCGGAGCUGGUCUUAUCUCUAAUAAGAAUUUCCUCGGCGCCGCUGCCGCGAUCCUUGCUGCUGAAGGCCUCCACCAGUCGACCCUCCGCAACUCUUUGGGCUUGAUCGCGUCUGCCAACAUUGCCGGUACUGCCAUUACCCCCAAUGCCAUCUUCAGUCUUGCCAGUGCAUUCAUCGUUUCCUGCCCUGGUGGAAACGCUGCUCUUCCAUUCAAAGCGUUCCCCAGCUUGAGCCCACGCGGUGGCAGCAUCUUCUCCAUUAAUUCCUUCUCGAGAUUCGCGAUCGGCCAAGGCGUUAUUAUCCCGCCAGUAUUUUUCUUGACUUUUAUCAGCGGGCUUGAGAUUAUCAGUAUUCCUGGAACCUUUGCUGGAGGUUUCUACUCUGCCCGCAUUCCACGACAGGUCUCCGGACAAUCAUUCGUUUUCCUCACCAGAACCGCCAACACUGGUGCCUUCUCGGAGAGCAGCGUUCUUGCCGGCCCGGCAAUUAUCGAAGUUACUCCCACUGUGCCCACUCUUAACUUCUCCGUUCUCUAG